AUGGCUCCUUCGACGGCCAGCACAGCACCACUUGUCUUUGUCAUCGGAGGGACCGGUGCUCAAGGAAUCCCAGUCAUUCAGGGUCUUGUCAAGGAUGACGCAUACCGUGUGCGCUUCCUGACAAGGGACGUCAAUUCGAGAAGAUCAAAGCAGCUGCUUGCAUUUGGAAACACCGAGGCCCUUGAAGGAUCAUUCGCAGAUGAAGACAUCCUCCAAAAGGGCUUUCAUGGUGCAGACUAUGCCUUUGUCAAUAUCGACGGCUUCAAUACUGGUGAGAAGACAGAGAUGUUCUGGGCGAUUCGUGCCUACGAAUUAGCGCUGGAGGAAGGAAUAAAGUUCUUUGUCUACGGCAACCUCGACUACGUCUACAAGAAGAGUGGCUUCGAUCCCAAAUUUAGAACUGGGCACUAUGACGGCAAAGGCCGCAUCGCGGAAUGGAUCCUGCAGCAAAACAAAGAUCCCCAGAUUAACAAAAGAAUGGGUGCCGCUAUAUUCACCACCGGCCCGUACAUAUCCAUGGUUCUCGCUGUAGGCACGCCCAUGUCUCCGAAGAUCGAGGACGGCGUCGUGACUUGGCGAAUGCCUCUGGGAGACGGUGCGGUGGCUCACGUCGACCUCGACGACUGCGGAUACUACGUUCGCUGGCUAUUCGAUCAUCAAUCCAGGGCAAAUGGUCUGGAUCUGGAAGUGGCAAUCGACUUGAUCAACUACAACGAUCUGGCACAAGCAUUUGAAAGGGUUACAGGCCAUCCCGCGAAAUUCAUUGACACCAGUCUCGAUGAGUAUUGGACUACCGGCCCCAUGGGCACUGGCGCACCACCAGCUGGACAUAAUGCUGAUCCCAAGGAUUCAGGGACCAUGAGCAUACGUACUAAUUUUACUGGGUUCUGGAACAUGUGGAAAUACUCUGGAGGGAACAAGGGAGUCAUUCAGCGCAACUUUGAGCUACUUGAUGAGAUUCAUCCUAAUCGGAUUAAGAGCGCUGAGCAAUGGUUCCAGCGGGAGGAGGAAAAGAGCCAAAAGCAGGGCACACCGAGUUUGUGGGAGAGGGCAACGAAUCUGAGACCUGUGUUGAAGAUUGCAGAAGAUGGUCGAAAGGGGCGUCUGUAA